UGUUUGCCUUUUCGAUUGCGAAUGUUGUUUUUUUACUAAGGGUGGUUUAGCGUGGGAGCAUCUCAAAUCUCUACUUUCAUUCUUAACACACGUUCGGAGCAAUUUCCUCAAUCACUGUUCUUUUCUGUUGACAUAUAUUUAUUCAUCUUCCCACUCAAGUCAAUGCUUCUAUUAUUAGCCAUAGAUCUCUAUUCAUUCAUCUUCCCCUUAACUUCAAUUUUGCAGUUCCUUUCUCUUCUGGACGGAAACAUACCAACAUAGUUCUGAGAUUCUGACAUAAACCCAGCUCUCUGUUGGGACUGUGAAAUUGGGAUGGGAUGUCAGUCCAGCAAGGGGACUAGUUCUAAUACCGAAGUCCCGACACCAAUUAAAAUGGGCGCGCAUUCUCUCUACGCGGCUGAUUUAACCUCUUAUGAAGCUGCUUGUGUUGAUGAUCCGAACUUGCAAUCCUUCGACGCUACCAUUCAAGAGCGCACCAAUAGGGUGAUCAACUCUCUUGCUCAAGGGAUCGAGGUUCGUUCGAUAUCACUUGAGUCACUAGGUGAAGUUACCGGCAGUCUUCUUGACAUGAACCAGGAAGUUGUCAAAGUCAUUCUCGAGUGCAAACAAGAUAUAUGGAACAAGAAAGACCGCGACUUGUUUUCCUUGGUGGAGGAUUUUUUCGACAAUAGUCUCCAGACAUUGGAGUUCUGUAAUGCUCUUGAGAAAUGCUUGAAACGAGCUCGUGAAAAACUUGUCGCGGUUAACUCUGCUAUGACGUGUUUCGAUGAAGAGGUUCAAAAUGGGGUUGAAGGGUCGACUUAUUUAAAGACAUUGAAAGGUCUGAAGGAUUUCAAGGAAACCGGAGACCCUUUUACAGAAGAGUUUUAUUCUUUGUUUCAGAAGGUUUAUACUCAACAAUCAUCAAUGCUGAAGAAAUUGCUGAUUAGAAAGCAAAAGCUUGAUAAGAAACUGAAAUCUCUCACAACACUAAAGAGGGUGUCAAGCGUUAUCUUCGUAGCUGCUUUUGUCGCCGUGUUGAUUUUCUCCGUGGUGGCAGCUGCAAUCGCCGCACCUCCUGUUGUAACGGCUUUGGCCGGGGCAUUAUCUGUUCCAAUAGGCUCCGUUGGAAAAUGGUGCAACUCGCUCUUUAAGAAAUACGAGACAGCUUUAAAAGGCCAACGAGAAGUAAUCAGUUCAAUGCAGGUUGGUACUUAUAUCGCAUUGGUGGAUAUGAACAACAUUCGGGUACGUAUCGAUCAACUCGAAAUAAAGAUUGAGUCCAUGAUGCAAAUUGCUGAUUUUGCUCUUGGAAAUGCGGAUGCUGUAAAGCUUGCGAUCGACGAGAUUAAGAAGAAAAUAGAAACUUUUGCGGAGAUUAUCGAGAGUUUGAGUGUGCAGGCCGAUCAAUGUAGUCGACGGACUAGGAAAGCGAGGACAGUGGUUAUACAAAAGAUAAUUAAAUACUCUAGUUAACAGAAGGCCUUUGGCAUGUUUUGUUGAUUAAUAGUAUAUUUGUUUUAUA